AUGACCGAGCGUUUGGAUGUCAUCGUCGAUUGCUCGUUCGGCUGCGAGGCAGAACCGCUCGGUCGCGGGCCUGAGACGCUUGCUCGCCUGGCCCAGGAGUUGCUUCCAACGCCCUCUGAAACCUUCCUCGAAGCGCUGUCGAGCGUCUACACGUAUAUGUACUUGUACUGGAAACGGAUAAUGCUCGCCACGAGAAUGGAGUUCAGCUCCGGGCAUCAUACGUGCGCGGAGAGGCAGGAUAGGCCAUGCUUUCCUUGCAUCGGACACAAGCAGAUGAUCGAUUGGUGUUCUCAACGGCUGGCUAGUCAGGGGCCAAAGGCUCUGUCGUUGGCAGUCAAAAUGCCAGUCAGUUGGGACGUUGGAGCGACUGAACGUGUUAUGCCCAAGGGUCUCCGGAAUAAGGGGUUAUUGACAUUGUUGUAUAAAGGUUGGGAUCUGUACCCUCAUUACAUUUGGCCACAGAUAUAUACGGUGCUAACUGAACCGACUUGUAACAUGAUCAACAUCUGGCACAAAGCACCAAGCACCAUCGAACAGGGCAUUACCUUACGUGUGUGGGGGUCUUGCAAUUCGGUUUGGAAGAUGCUAGCGGAUAGGAUGACGCGUGAGAAGCGGGAAAUCCAUCAUGGGGAUUGCAACCAUUGGUCCCACGAACGCUGGGAGUUUACUGGUCCGGCUCUCAGGGGUUGGGUCUUCUGGGACGAGGAGAGGGUCCAAUCCUUGGGAUGGACCGACGCGGAAACGGUGGGCUGGAUUGCCCAGGUCCAGCCUGGGUGGCGGGAUGGGGAUGAGAAGGGCAAGAGGCUGGCUUUGAAGAAGUGCGCCGAGCUUAUAACACGAGCCAGCCGCAACGACGAAGGUGAUGUUAACGAGGUAAUGACGGAUAGGGGGACGCUGAAGGAGGUCAAGAAGGAGGCGAGGGCGAAGAAGAAAUAG